CAUGUUCAGGGAUGGAUCUCAUGAACUUCACGACUGUCAUUGACAAUGGGUUUUUGGAAGAGGCUCCUUCGAGCCGCGUCCUAACUGGCUGUUUCCUCUCGCUGCUCAUCCUCACCACCUUGUUGGGAAACACGCUUGUCUGUGCCGCAGUCACCAAGUUUCGACAUCUGCGCUCCAAGGUGACCAACUUUUUUGUGAUCUCGCUGGCCGUGUCAGACCUCUUGGUUGCCAUCUUGGUGAUGCCGUGGAAGGCGGUAACAGAGAUCGCUGGAUUCUGGCCGUUCGGCUCUUUCUGUGACACCUGGGUGGCUUUUGACAUUAUGUGCUCCACGGCGUCCAUCUUGAACCUUUGUGUGAUAAGCUUGGACCGCUACUGGGCCAUCUCCAGCCCCUUUCGCUAUGAGAGGAAGAUGACACCUAGAGUGGCGUAUGUGAUGAUCAGUGUGGCCUGGACGCUGUCCGUCCUUAUAUCCUUUAUCCCGGUGCAGCUCAACUGGCACAAGGCCCAAACUAAACCUUACACCCCUCUCACUGGGUCCUCUGGCUCUUCAGGUUUGAACGCUUCAUCUUACCGUAGCCCGGAGAACUGUGACUCGAGCCUGAACAGGACCUACGCCAUCUCCACCUCUCUCAUAAGCUUUUAUAUCCCUGUGAUCAUCAUGGUGGCCACCUAUACCCAAAUCUACCGCAUCGCCCACAGACAAAUCAGGAGGAUCUCGGCCCUGGAGCGAGCGGCUGAAAAUGCCAAGAACAGGCACGACAGCAUGGGCGGAGGCUCCAGCAUCGCAGAGUCAGAGAGCUCUUUCAAAAUGACAUUCAAGAGGGAGACCAAGGUGCUGAAGACACUGUCGGUGAUCAUGGGGGUGUUUGUGUGCUGCUGGCUACCAUUCUUCAUCCUCAACUGCAUGGUGCCCUUCUGCGAGCAGUCGAGCGGAGGGGAGGCCUUCCCCUGCAUCAGCCCCACCACGUUUGACGUGUUCGUGUGGUUCGGCUGGGCUAAUUCCUCCCUCAACCCCAUCAUCUAUGCCUUCAAUGCAGAUUUCCGCAAGGCCUUCUCCAUCCUGCUGGGCUGCCACAGACUGUAUCCAGGAGGCCACAAUAUAGAGACAGUCAGUCUAAACAAGAAAUGACUCAUGACUCUCUCACAGCACUGACUCAUCCUUAAUGCUAAGAGUCCAAGCGUUCCUGUACAGGCCGGUCUGAUCGACUUCAAACGAGGACGCUGCUCUCUGUGCUGACUCUUAGUGUGACUGAAGGAUACGGUGACCCCAUAUGUACCCGUGUUUGCAUUACGCGAGUGGCCCGUGUGCAGACUGUCAGAGUGAGCUUGCCGUGCUCGCCGUGGUCGACUACACUGUCUUCAAAUGGAAGAAACUCCUGAAAGAGGA